UACGGCGAAACGCUCGCGUAACAACAUUUAUCGGUUGGUCGCUAACGAUCUGCGUCUAUUCACGAUCGUAUUGUGGACGAUAGUGUAGUCCCGGAUGAUUUUCGGAGCGACCCAAGCCUCGUUGUAUAAUGUCAAAGACGCACAGUCCGACGCAUUUUAAUGGAGAAACAGAGAAUUUUUACGAUCCAAACUAUCCUGCGGACAUCAACACGCGGAUGCGAGUUCCCAAGAGCAUUCGCGUAAACGGAGAUUACCCAGACGAGGACAUCACUAUCACAAAUAGGGCCACUUGGAGUCAGAUACCUGCUAUGGAGAAGCUUGAAAUGCACGUGCCAGAGAGGAUUCUUGUUGUCGGGCAAGAGCAACAUGUUGGUACCAAGGCACCGCCACCAGAGAUUGUUUUAGAAAAUGCUGUAAUGCGCACUGAGCCCGCUAUAGUCAGAGUACAGACACCUCCGAGAAAUUUAACUCUGAACAAUCACUACUUCCCAGCGGUGGACGAGGAUGAUCUUCCCGUGCAUAACAACGAAGUCGUAAAAGUAAUGGAGGUAGUACCUAAGACGUAUAACACGGAAACGCAGAUAACAAGACACGUCAGAGAACAAACACCCUUUAAUGCUCUCGACGUGUCUCUGCCGCCCAGCGAGGAAGUUCAGCACUUACGUCGCCAAGUAGGUAAAUUAAAUCGCCGAGUGAUGGCACUCGAAUUAGACAUGCUACAUCGCCAGCAGAGAGACAAAUUUUUGUAUAUCGCGACCGUAGCGUAUUUCAUUUUAAAAACCUUCUCUUGGUUAACUAGAAACUGAAGCGAGUCGAUCAAAAAAAAAAAAAGAGAAAAAAUGCCAGAUACUUAUUUCCUUAGAAUGAAAAACGUUAAACCAAACAUCCUGAGCCACACUUGCUGUAUGAAAGUAUAACCAAAGACUAUUUAAUCACAGUCUCGUAUGAUCAGUUCACCGGAGAUAAAUAACAAUGCGGACGCGUUACGGCAUACCCACGUGUGAGCGUUUCUAUAUUAUAUUAAUUAGAAGAACAGAUGACGGGUGUAAUGAUCAUCUUAUCGUAUUAAAAGUAAAUCUCGCUUAACUUUGAAGGAUGUGUAUGUACUCUUAGAUUUGACAAUAUGUAUAUGUUAUUGUUAAUUGUAUAUACAGCAUUCGGGUAAUUAAUAAACUGGGUUAAUUUUCAUGUGAUGAAUAUACAUUAAACGUUAGUCGCAUGAUAAAAUUCGUCAAGCUGAGUAUCUCAAUUUUCCUCUUUCUCAGUAUUAUAACGACAGAGCCGUAGAUUUAUUUUUAUCAUGCGAUAUCAUGAAAAUGAUAUUUGUUGUUGUUGCAUUAGUUCGAGUAGUACAACUUAUUCCUGAGUAGUUGUUUUCUGUUUGUGGCCAUAGCAGUUAGAAUUGUAAUCUUAUCCAAUAUAUAUAUAUAUAUAUCGUGACUAAUGAGAUCAAUAAAGUUAUUAUUACCAAAAUUUUAUAACGUUACAAAUGUACAAUUGUACAAAAUUAUAUGAUUAGAUACUUAUGAGAUACUAUGAGUCAGCAUGAAAACCUUCCUCGUGACGAAUUAUAUUUAACUUUAUUUUUGUACUUUAUAUUUUUUGCCGUUUAAAUUACUCAUAGCUAAUUACUUUCGAAAUUGUAAUAAAGGUGUGUAUUAAUAUAUUUUG